AUGUUGAGCGUAGCACGUGGCCUCCUGCGACAACGAGGCGCAUUUAUUGCCACACGUAUAAUUCUGCAGCGAGAAACCUCAACACAUAUUGCCGAUUACGUUAUUGUCGACCACACGUAUGAUGCUGUUGUCGUGGGCGCUGGUUCGCUAAUACAAAGUUUUCUGUUUAUUUCCAUACCUAAGCUACGCUGCAGACGAGGGAAGGAAAACGGUGCAUAG